AUGAAGCCUCUCCUCAUGGUGUUUGUCUUUCUCAUCUUCUGGGACCCAGCGCUGGCAGGCAUGAAUCCAAUAUCAUCAGAAAUACACAAGAAAUGCUAUGGAAAUGGCAUCUGCAGACUUGAGUGCUAUGGAAGUGAAAUGUUAGUUGCCUACUGUAUGUUUCGACUGGAGUGCUGUGUCAAAGGAAACCCUGAACCCUGACAUGAGAAGCCAGUGAAUGCCAAUGAACUUGAAAGCCCUGACCACUCCCAUCUUUCA